AUGGGAAUCUCCGACUAUUUCUCUGGCUUGGGUUACUUCCUCACUCACCUGACAGUGACACCUCAACCCACGUCUAUUACUGAACUCAUCCGACUUCUGAGUCGCUAUGCAGAAUGGUCUCGCGUCUCUGCUUCCGUGCUAAACGUCAACACACCAACUGUUGUUCAAGUCUUGAGGGACGUAACUAGUUACCGAUUCAGCCUUGCAGCGAGUGUAUCGCCAGGGAAAGGUGAAGGACAAGAAGACGUGCGUGAAGAGCGUAUCAAAGUCCUCGAAAAUGUUUGGAGUCCACCCUUGAUUUAUCCUACGCCGGUUCAAAGGGCGCAUGCUGAAAGUGGAAUUUCUCCCACCGAAUCCUCUGCAGAACUAUUCGGGACACCAUGGGGACACUGCGGAGAAACUAUAGCGUUUGCCUCACUAUACAAAACUAUUCACAUGGGACACUCAAUUGGCACGCUUGCACUCGCUGUAAAGCCGAUGACAUCUUUUAUUCCCGGAACCGCGACGGUACCAGUACAGACUAUCGAAACACUCUGGCAUUUGAACGAUGUCGUGGAAGUGCUCAGAGUAGCAGGAGCUAUGCGACCGAUGUGCCUCAAUUGCCUGUAUUUGAUGAAUAGUGCAGGAGGGAACGCGGAGGAUUACGCUGUUACUUUUUGUGCCCCUCCACGACGGUCUGCUGAUAACUGCCGAGCUACAAGUGAAUCCAAAUGUAGUGGCGUUGAACGUUGA